GCAUGGGCUGCUCGCACUCUCAAAGUCAGGCACCAGAGUGGCUCCAGGGACAGGGGGAUUCAGACUUGGCUAACUCUCCGGGGAGAAGGCGCUCACAGCCAUCUGGCACACAGGAGUCUAGUCACUAUAAAGGUGUGAGGACAUCCGAGAACUGGAGAAGUAGAGUUCUAAUUCCAAUUGGCUGCAAAUGGACAUGAGCACCAUUUGCUAAACAUCAGGAUGGAGACCACCCCACUGAAUUCUAAGAAAGAGGAGUCAGCCUGCAAGGAUGGAGAAGACUGCCAAGAAAAUGGCAUUCUUCAGAAGGGACUCACUGGUCCGGGGGACAAGGCAGAGGCAGGACAAAUCUCAAAUGGGUACUCGGCUGUUCAGAGUACAGGCACGGAUGGAGACACCCCAAACUCCAUACCAGCAGACAACAUGGCUGUAGGCACUGAAGGUCACCAAGGGGAACGAGAGACCUGGACCAAAAAGAUGGACUUCCUCCUCUCGGUCAUUGGCUAUGCCGUGGACCUUGGCAACGUGUGGCGCUUCCCGUAUAUAUGCUACCAAAAUGGAGGAGGGGCCUUCCUUAUCCCCUACACCAUCAUGGCCAUUUUUGGUGGGAUUCCUCUGUUCUAUAUGGAGCUAGCUCUGGGCCAAUAUCACCGAAAUGGCUGCAUUUCAAUAUGGAAGAAAAUUUGCCCCAUUUUCAAAGGGAUUGGCUUCGCCAUCUGCAUCAUUGCCUUUUACAUUGCCUCCUACUAUAACACCAUCAUGGCCUGGGCUUUCUACUACCUCAUCUCUUCCUUCACGGAUCAACUACCUUGGACCAGCUGCAAGAACCCCUGGAACACAGACAAUUGUACCAACUACUUUUCGGAAGACAACAUCACCUGGACCUCCCACUCCAUAUCACCCGCUGAAGAGUUUUAUACGCGCCAUGUCUUACAGGUUCACCGGUCUCAAGGACUAGAUGACUUGGGGAGCAUUAGCUGGCAACUGGCCCUCUGCAUAAUGCUGAUCUUCACAGUUGUCUACUUUAGCAUCUGGAAAGGGGUCAAAACAUCUGGAAAGGUGGUAUGGGUGACGGCUACAUUCCCUUAUAUUGUCCUAUCCAUCCUGCUUGUAAGGGGAGCCACACUUCCAGGAGCCUGGAGGGGUGUCCUUUUCUAUCUGAAACCUAAUUGGCAGAAGCUCUUGGAAACUGGGGUCUGGGUAGAUGCUGCAGCUCAGAUUUUCUUCUCGCUGGGUCCUGGCUUUGGUGUCUUACUAGCCUUUGCUAGUUAUAACAAAUUCAAUAACAAUUGUUACCAAGAUGCCCUGGUGACUAGCAUCGUAAACUGCAUGACGAGCUUCAUGUCUGGAUUUGUCAUCUUCACCGUGCUUGGUUACAUGGCAGAGAUGAGGAAUGAAGAGGUGUCCGAAGUGGCUAAAGAUACAGGGCCCAGCCUCCUUUUCAUCACAUAUGCAGAAGCCAUCGCCAACAUGCCGGCCGCCACCUUCUUUGCUAUCAUUUUCUUCUUAAUGAUAAUCACUCUGGGCUUAGACAGCACGUUCGCAGGACUCGAGGGCGUGAUCACCGCGGUACUGGAUGAAUUCCCACACGUCUGGGCCAAACGCCGGGAGUGGUUUGUGCUUGGUGUGGUCAUUGUCUGCUUUUUUGGAUCUCUGUCCACCCUGACUUUUGGAGGGGCCUAUGUGGUGAAGUUGUUGGAGGAAUAUGCCACUGGACCAGCAGUCCUCACAGUGGUGUUUUUAGAAGCAAUUGCUGUGUCUUGGUUCUAUGGCAUCAACCAGUUCUGCAGUGAUGUGAAAGAAAUGCUUGGCUUCAGCCCUGGUUGGUUUUGGAGGAUCUGCUGGGUAGCAAUUAGCCCAAUAUUUCUGCUGUUUAUCAUCUGCAGUUUUCUGAGCAGCCCUCCAGAGCUGCGGCUCUUCAAUUACAAUUACCCGCACUGGACUGUCCUCCUGGGGUACUGCAUUGGGACUUCUUCCUUCAUCUGCAUUCCCACCUAUAUAACUUAUCGGCUGAUCGUCACUCCAGGGACAUUCAAAGAGCGUAUUCUUAAAAGCAUUACUCCAGAAACACCAACAGAGAUUCCCUUUGGAGACCUUCGCUUGAAUGCUGUGUAGCAAGUAAUGGACAAGAGGAAAACACUUCCCUAUCAAUUCCCACCCUCUACUUGUCACCCCUUACCCUUCUUCCCCUCCAAGUGAACUGAGUUUCCAGCUGAGCCAAGGAACCAGAGGACAUUCAUAGAGGCCCAGCUUCGAAAGACACUGGUGCCUAGAAUCUCACGACCUCCAGCCUUCAGAUCCACCUCCUUCCACAAAAUCAGCUCGGCACUUCUCAAACUCAACUCCGCGACUACAGCUAAACUGGUUCAUUUUGGAUAUGGGAGGAUUUUGUUGUGUAUGUGACUGCUACCGUAUGAAUGGGUGAAAGGGAUAACAACAUAAACCACUAGCGGACAAAUAGCAUCAGUUAGGCUUACAUUUAGUCUUGAGUCUGUGUGUCUAUGUGUCUUCUCAAUGUGAUUAUUUGUAUUGGACCAUCUUGUGUUUGCUUCUAAGGGUCUCACUGUCAAAUGAAUCUAUAAACUGUGUAGGACAACACAGAAAUUAUUCCGAUAGCCAUAUAUACAGAACCUGUAGCUGGAAACUAAUGGGACUCUCUAACCUUUCUGCGCUGUGAGUUUUGCAGGGGGAGUUGUAGGAAGCUACCGUGAAAGGUGCUAUGUGUGUGUGUGUGUGUGUUUGUAUGUGAGUAGGUGUGUGUGUGUGCCUGUGCACUAUUACAGUGCACACAUGUCUGUCUUCUUCCUAACACUCUAAAACUUUCUGGCACUUUACAAACCAUUUGUCAUCCUCGUUUUUCUUAUAUUAAUAGAUUUUCCACACACAAACAUAUGCAGAUAUGCACUCACUGCUUCAAAUCUAUAGGUCUUACAAGAUAUCCAACCUUCUUGUGCUUCGGAUGCCCAUCCUCAGUAUGUGUGUGCACACACUGCACACCGCCCACACACCCACAAACGCUGCCCCCUACAUCCCUGCUCCCAUUCACCCCCUUUCCCUUCUCUUGGCCAGUCUGUGAGGACAUUAGGCAUUCUGCAUUGUCACCCUCUUCCUGUCUUUCACCACUACACCUUGAUGACAUUCCACAGGCAGGUCUGGCUCAUUUACUCCUAUUUUGACCCCAUUUAAGUGAUACGAACUGUUCUGAAGAUAGAAGCCAGGACUUCUCCCUUCAGCUCUACUUACUGUCCUCAAAGUAAAUGAUUAGGAAUAAAAGGAGGAAUCCCAUGAGCACAUUCCACUGUUUACCUUACUAUGCUUUUUUGAGGUAAUGUUGUGAAACAAAUAAACAGGCUAAAAUUCUGCAUGAGAUAUGAUAAAGUCUAGUUUUGACCCAGGUGCUCACCCCUGAACUGAAAGAGUCCAUUCUUCACUGGCCUCCCUUUUCCAUCUACCCUAUAGAUAUAUAUAUAUUUUUUUUCCUUUCUUUCCUUCCUUCCUUCCUUUUUUUUUCUUGGUUAUCUCAUCCUGACUCUCCCUAAUCAUCCUUCAUUUUCUACUGUUGAAAGGGAAGAAGCUUAUGCCUCAGGCAUAAGCUGUCCAAAUGGCUUUAAAAUCAUAAAACACAGAGGCAAAACCCUACUUGUAAUCAAGGUCUCCGUUCUCAAAGGCUCGUUGUCAUUUAAUAGGGCAUCUUUCAACCUAUCUAUACUUGCCAAACCGUCUUUGAGAACAACAGGAAAUUCACCUUAUGAACCCUAGGUAGUUAAUCUAACAGUAAAGAGAUAUAUUUCAGCUAUUUUUCUUAUAACCCAAUUUGGUGAAAUUUGUUUUGACUCAAAUGGCAGUGUAACAAAUUCUGCCAUUGUGCUUGUCUACCUACAUCAUGGUCAAGCAGUAAACAAGUAAAGAGGUCGACACACUUCAAAAUCCAUUUUAAAAGAGUGAGAGGAGAAUGCUGUAAUGCCUUCUUGAACAUUUGUCUUUGGAAUGCUGUCUGAAAUACACAUCAGAAAGACAUCAGAGUCUGUGUACGAAGGGACAUGUGCACCCAUGCAUGCACACACACACACACGCACGCACGCACACACACACGUGGAAGGUAGUUCUUGGUUUCUGGAUGUGUACUUGUAAGGAUAUAAUAUAAAAAAGGAGUGGUACUGUCUAGGAGAGUCAAUAGAUAAGAAAAGAGGUUAAGUCACAACAUUUUCUUUGGAAAGGGGCAAAAAACUCCUCCCAAAUGAAUCCUAGUCACAUGAGGUUUUUGGUAAGGAAAAUGUCUUACUGAGUCAUGAGAACAGAUACAUUCAUCACUGCAAUGACUUUUUCCUCCCCAUUCAGGCCUUCUUAGAUGACCCCUGGGAAAUGGCGUUAUAUUUUGGGAUGGUGACUUAUGAACAGUUUCUGGCCAUGAACUGCUUAGGGGAAUUUUGCAUUAGUAUGACAGCAGUGUAAAACAAAGUGUCUUAUCGAGAACCCAAAUCCAAUGUAGCAUUUAAG